UUUCAGCCCAGUGCCAUCCAGGAAUUAUACAGUAUGAAAAGAAAAGGGCAAUACUUUGUGUAGUGCUUGUGAUGAAACUGUGAAAUGAUACAGCACAUUGACAGCCUCAUGUAGAGAAGAUCUUAGAAAACUUUUAUUCAGUGGAGCAAAUCUCCAUCAGAAAAGUGGGGAAAAGCAGUUGCAUUGCCUUCUAUCUAUUCGUUCCACAAUCCUAGCCCCUGCCUGUUCCUUCCACACCAUACCAAGAAUGAGGUUCAGAGGAAAGCAUAAGAAAGGAUAGGUGGCAUUGUAGUUGUCCUUUCUCUUGUAUUUCAUGGAGAUUUAGCAUCAUUGUCUGAUUAAGGGCCAAAGCCAAGCCUAACCUUUUCCCUCACCCAUUACAGCCAUCAAGAUUCUGAUUUUACACAGAGCAAGCAGGUGGAGCAGUGGAAGAACAGAAGUACAGCAGCUGAAGCUUUGCAUGAUACUUCAAAAGAUUUUAAAAUAAAUAAGUGUCUGCCAGAUCAAAGCUCCAUUCUGAAGAAGGAUGCCUCAAGCUAGCCCAUUUGUCUUGAUGUGCAGAAACCAAUCAAUUCCCAUAGCACAACAUCUGUUAAAUUCCACACUGGAAUCGCUGCAAAGCACUGUGAUCAGCACCACCUUGCCUGUCCUCUUCUCAGUUAUCUUCAGCAUCAGUAUUCCUCUGAAUUGUGUCUCCUUGUGGUUCCUUUGGAGGUAUUCAAGGCCUUGGACUCCUACCAUAGUGUUUUGCCUUAACCUCACCAUCGCAGACUUGGCCUACACCCUGAUCCUCCCCUUUCAAAUAGUUUACUAUUUAAAAGGAAAUGUUUGGCUCUUUGGUGAUGCGUUCUGCCGCAUUGUCACACUUCUGUCCUAUGGAAACAUGCACAGCUCAACGUUAACCAUGAUGAGCAUAAGCAUAGAGCGCUACCUGGGCAUUGUUCACCCUUUGAGCUACAAAGCCCUAAGAUCCACUAGAACUGCUGUUCUGAUAUGUUUCAUCAUUUGGGUACUUGUUUUACCACCUCUCAUUCCUUUGAUGCAUAAUAACUUAACUUUUUGUGUAAAGGAGUUAUCGAUGAUUACCUGCUUUGACAUUUUGCCAAGAGACAUGUUUAGAAGCUUAGAACACUUCAUCAGUUACUUUGGUGCUCUGAUAUUUUUCUUCUUUUUGAUACCUUUGCUCAUCAUGGGAUUUUGCUACAUUUCAAUCAUCUUAACCCUUCUUCAUUCCUCUUCCACGCAACUGAGAGAAACAAAAAAGCAAACAGUUUAUUUGAUAAUCGUGUUGCUAUUGGUGAUCACAGUAUGUUACAUGCCUCACAUUAUCAUGUCAGUUACCCAUUUUGUACUCUAUUUCCAAAAAGAAUCAUUUUAUAUGGGUUAUAAACUAUCGUUUGCAAUAGUCGGUUUCAAUUGCUGCUUUGACCCAUUGGUUUAUUACUUUGGCUCCCACAACUUUCGACAAAACAUAAGGGAGAAGCUUUGCAGAUGUGUGACUGUUGGUUUGAGUGAAAAUACUCCUAUUUUUUCAGAGCACGACAUGCAAAUAGCACCAAUACAACAUAUACCAAGGGUGUAGGGUGCAUGUCCUGGGAAGGUAAUUUGCUUUCCCAAUACACUGAAUAGUUGUGAAGUUUUGGAGCCAUUUUCUUGUAGAACUUUAGUGAAAAAUUAUACAGAAAAUGUUCCAAAACAGCUCUGGGAGACUAAAUGAAAAAUUAACAUCAGCUGUGAUUCUCCAGGUACAAAACUGAUGUCAAAGUUCAGACUAGUGUGAAUAGGUACAAUUCUUUAAUCAAGUUCUAACCAUGACUUUGCAACUAACAAGAAAUUUCUCAGGUUAGUAGCAUAUUGCAAAGCAUUAUGACCAGGAAAAAAAAUACUGAACUACCUCUGACUGUUCAGAAACUAUGGAUCAAAUAUUAACAGAGAACAUGGUUGAACAGAAGAAGAUGUUUUACAACCAGUUUUCUGGGAAGUUGUAACUUACCCUAAUCAUCAGCCAAAAGAUGUAGCUAUUGGGACCACUAAGUUUUUGUAAUACUGUUAUUUUUUUUAAUAUUGGCCAACAAACCAUGCAUAUACAAUGUUAAAUGUAUUUUGUAUAAAGAUUAACAGCAUUUAUAAUGAUACUGCAUAUGUCAUUCUUAAAAUAUUCAAUUGUAUAGUUCUAAUAAAAUAAUGUAUAUUGUGUCUA